CGAAUAAAGAUAUGGGAAUUUUCACAAUGCUCUGUACACCACUCUACCUUCCGUUUUUCUUCCUCUGUCUUAAAGCCGCCUUCUCAUCCUCUAUACAUGCUUCUUCCCUCUCAGCAGCACAUCUCUGCUCUCAUGAGGAGGCUCUUGCUUUGCUGCAAUUCAAGACCUCCUUUUCCAUCAAUUUCAUUGCUUCUAAUCCUGAUUUAUGUGAACAUUAUUAUACCAAACCUUAUUCUAAGACUGAAUCAUGGAAGGAAGGUAUAGACUGUUGUUCCUGGGAUGGGGUUAGCUGUGAUAAUGUCAUAGGUCAUGUAAUCGCCCUUGAUCUCAGCUGCAGUCUCCUUUUUGGUACCUUUCCUUCCAACAGCACUCUUUUUCUCCUCAAAAACCUGCAGAGCCUCAAUCUUGCCUUCAAUGAUUUUAGGCUGUCCAAGAUUCCACCAGAAAUUAGUCAGUUUACGAGACUGAAGCAUCUUGAUGUUUCUUCUUCUCGAUUUUUGGGCCAAGUUCCAGCAGAAAUUGCUCACCUCCCCAAUGAGGUGAGAGAACUUGAUCUUCGUGGAGUGAACAUGACAUCUGUUAAUCCUCGUUUCUUCAUGAAUCUCUCUUCUUCUUUGACUACUCUUGAUCUUUUCAAUAGUGGGUUAAGAGGAAAUUUUCCAAACAGUAUUUUCCACUUUCCAAAUCUCAAGAACUUUUAUUUAAGUGGAGAGCAAAACCUCACUAUUGAUCUUCCAAGUUCCAAUUGGAGCAGUCCUCUCCAACGGUUGUAUUUAGGUGAUAUGGAUUGCGGAAGGCGAUUGCCAGAGUCUAUAGGAGAUCUAAAGUCAUUACAGUAUCUUUGUCUUAGCUGCAACUUGGAAGUUUCCAUACCAGCUUCCAUAGGUAAGUUAAGGCAACUUACUAGUCUAUACCUCUGUCGUAACAAUCUCAGCGGAGAAAUCCCAUCAUCACUUGCAAACCUCACCCAACUUAGUGAUCUUGACCUUUCAAAUAAUCAGUUUUCUGGUCCCAUUCCAGCUUCCAUAGGUAACUUAAGGCAACUUACUAGACUAGCCCUCUAUUCUAACAAUCUUAGCAGAGAAAUCCCAUCAUCACUUGCAAACCUCACCCAACUUAGUGAUCUUGACCUUUCACAUAAUCAGUUUUCUGGUCUCAUUCCAGCUUCCAUAGGUAACUUAAGGCAGCUUACUAGACUAGCCCUCUAUUCUAACAAUCUUAGCGGAGAAAUCCCAUCAUCACUUGCAAACCUCUCCCAACUUACCUUUCUUCACCUUUCAAAUAAUCAGUUUUCUGGUCCCAUUCCAGCUUCCAUAGGUUUUCCAAACUAAUGUAUCUAGACUUAUCUUAUAACUUACUUAAUGGUACGUUGCCACGUUGGAUUUUCACCCUGCCUUUGUUAGAGUACUUUUAUCUCAAUCAUAACCAAUUUCAAGAUCAAAUAAGUCAAUUCCAGCAAAACUCACUCACACACAUAGAUUUGUCAAACAAUAAACUCCAGGGUUCAAU